AUGCUGAGCGACAAAGCCAAGGGCAAACAGCGUGCAACCAAUGAUGAAAACACCGAGCCCGAACAACGUCGCCCAAUCACCAUCAGAUUUACAGAACGCGAGCCAGACCUUCUGCUGGGAGUCUCACCGCGCGACACUGUCCGCGACGUAAAAGCAUUGAUUAGAUCAUUGAGACCUUCAUUGGAACGACGUAGACUAAGACUCGUUCAUGCAGGACGACUACUAACUGAUGGUACUCGUCUGGUACCUUGGCUCGAAGCCCUCGAAUCCCAUUCACGUAAAAGCAAUGCGAAUAAUACCCCCGUUCGUUCCCCAGUGGCAUCUCCUACAAGUGGCAACUUUCCUUCGCGCAAGUCUGUCUCAUCUAUACAAGAACAGGAUCCCGAACCCGCCGACGUCUGGAUACACUGUUCUAUCGGGACAGAAGGGGAUGAUAUUGACGGCGAUGAUAAGCAACAAGAGCCACAAAUCGCGCCUAUGAGGGGGUUCGAUCGAUUGGCUUCAGCUGGAUUCAGUGCAGAAGAUAUUGAGUCGAUGAGGAGGCAAUUCCAUGCGCAGAGACCAGAGGUACUUGAUCAAGACGACGAACACGCCAGGGCAUUAGAAGAACAAUGGGUUGACAACAUGGACUCUGGGUUGCCAGGAGCAGAGUCAAACGAUGGAGAGCCGAUGUACCCCCCAUAUUUUCACGGCAUCCUCAUAGGCUUUUUCUUUCCAUUAAUACCGAUGUUCUUCCUACGGGAACUCCCACCGCCUGCUUUCUUUUCUGACAAUGUGGCCCCAAUAGAAGCCCCUCGAUCAGUUGUAUACUCUCGUCGCAUGCAAAUGGCGCUAGUCGCUGGCUUCUUUGCUAAUGUUGUUUACGGUACCUUGAAUUAUUUCUAUUGA